AUGAUGAGUAAGGAAGCUGAGAUGGCUACAAGUACUACUACUACUCAUCGAGAUAGGCUGAGGAAGUUCACGGCAUUCCUGUCUGGACUGGCCUUGUACCAGCUCCCUCAUAUAGCAUUUUCUGCUAGUAGGUACACGCUGGUUAGGUUCCAGGUUCCAUCGGCAUACGUGGGUCUCUUUAUCAACAGGAUGAUUAUAUCCAGUAGGAUUUUUUCUCUCAUCACCAUUGGACUUGCGACGAUGUGUGAUCAGUUUGGAAUGCCAGGUAUCAUACAAGUAGGAAAGGCAAGUGUUAUAUUCCUAGCAGCAUCCUUGUCAUCCAUACUCUUUGUCUACUGCAUUGGAGGGGAACAGGGCUAUCUCACCCUCUACUACUGGACCAUUUCUAUCUCCUCUAUGGUACUUGGAGCUUCUUUUGUUUUUGUGGUAAAGAUCGUGUCGAGUGAGAUUGUAUACCUUAUGGCUGCUUUGCCCAUAACUGGUAUAGUAGUAUCGUCAUAUCACCUCGCCUUCUUGAUGAUCACCAACUACAUUACAGUCUCUGACAUUCCCUUCUGGCUUGUCUUUUGGCAGAUUGUCAUUGGGAUCACGAUAGUUAGUUUGACUGUUGUCAUGUUGUAUUCAGUUUAUGAUAAUGAUAAGCCAGUUGAAGCUAGAGUAGACACCCUUGAAAAACUAUUGAAAGUUGGUGUUGCUGCUAGUGGAGCUGUUGGAGGAUCUCUUGGUAAGGCUACUGAGACAUUUAUGGAGGCAGUUGGCAAGGCAUGGUCUCCAAUUCUUUUAAUCACUCUGGGAUAUGGUCUUCAAAAUGCCUUUUAUCCAGGUAUAGCCCCUUACAAGUUGAUUGGUCCUAAUCUAGGGUACUGGAUAGAUUUAACUGUUUUAUUCACAAAUGCUAUACCGCCGCUCUUUAUUCUUGUCUUGAAGGAGAAAGAAAUAGCUCCAAAUGUUUCAUGGAAAGAAUAUCCCGGAUGGCAUUGGUCUUGGCUAUUUUUCCUAUGCCAAAUGCUCUGUGCAGUGAUCUUCCUUUGGUGCCUUCAUUUCCCAGGGUGGAGUAUAUCAAAAGCGGUAAAGGGUAGCACGGUACUCUUAGGGUUUCUCACCGUUACAUAUGAUUUUUGUGCUCAGUCCGCCAGAAAUAUUGGAACGAGCGGAGCUUCUGUGCAAGGUUGUAAAGAGAACUCUAGGAUGGACACACUAAACUCCUUUUCGUACUCAUUCUCACAAGUCAUCUUUGCGUUUCUGGGUGACGGUUACCUCAGAGUAUACUCCAAGUAUGAGAAGGAUAGAAACAACUGGCCUACCAAACACUAUGGCAACUUUAGGGCAUUCCGAUAUUGGAUUUGGACAGCCACAAAGGUAUCUUUUAAAGCCAUCGGUGGUUCCUUUUGUCUUGAUGUUAGAGGAUCUAUCGUUGAAAAGAGAGAGUUUCUCUUUAUUGUCUAUUCUGAUGACACUGAUAAUAGUAGCAAUCCUCCUAAGGCAAAAGAUCCUAAAGUAAUGAAGAUAGUUCACGGUAUAUAG